AUGUCCCGACGACCACCGUCGCUGGAAUCAAUAGGCUCUCGUGGCUCCGUGGGCUCUCCUAUUGACCCAAGGUUUAGGAAGAAGGUUGCCGUCGUCGGCAGUGGAGCCGCCGGUAUCGCGGCUCUCUGGGCUCUCAACCGAAGCUACCAUGACGUUUAUAUGUACGAGGCCUCAUCAAGGCUAGGAGGACACACAAAUACGGUGACUUGGAAGAACGGCAAAUAUGAGACUCGCGUCGACACCGGCUUUAUCGUCCUCAACACCGCCACAUAUCCAAACUUUAUCAACUUCUUGAAGAGGGUCAAGGUGGACACCGUCCCGACCGAGAUGACAUUUGGCGUCACUCGUGACCAUGGCUUAUUCGAAUGGGCUGGUAAAAGUCUAGAUUCCAUCUUCGCUCAGAGGAAAAACAUCUUCUCGCCGCGGAUGUGGAGGAUGAUCUUCGACAUCAUUCGUUUCAACCAAUUUGCACUGGACUUGUUGAUGGCGGAGGAUGAGAACGAUGCCGCUGCGAUGAACGGAUAUAGCAAAGGAGGCAAGAGAGAGGAAACGAUCGGCGAGUACCUCGAGAGAGAAGGCUACUCAGAUGCAUUCAGGGACGACUACCUAAUUCCUAUGACCGCCGCCGUAUGGAGCACAAGCCCGGAUAAGUGCACGUUGAACUUCCCAGCUGUCACUCUGGUUCGCUUCAUACCGGAGUGGCUCACAUUGAAAAAGUGCGGCAAAUCCUACAUUGAUGCUGUCAUGAGCGGAUUCCCGUCAAAUCACCUUUUCCUUAACACGCAGGUCACUCAAGUCACCAGCGAGGAGGAUGGCAGAGUUCGUGUUCACACCCACAACGGCAAGUCCGACGUUUACGACCAUGUUAUCUUGGCGACGCACGGAGACCAGGCCUUGAGAAUUAUCGAGGGAUCAGCCACGCCUGAGGAGAAGGAGAUUCUUUCCGCUUUCCAAACUUCCGAGAACUCGGUCAUCCUCCAUUCCGAUAUUUCACACAUGCCAGCGUCUGAGAAGGCAUGGUCUAGUUGGAAUUACCUGACCCUGUCAUCGCCCUCCACUGGCAAGCAGAACAUCGACCAGGUUUCGUUGACCUACAACAUGAACAUCAUUCAGCAUAUCCCCAGGGAGACCUUCGGAGACGUCCUCGUCACGAUGAACCCCUUGCACCAGCCGAACCCAGACACGAUCCAGGCGUCAUUCACAUACCGUCAUCCUCUCUACACACCUGCCGCCGUCCGAGCACAGAAGCUUCUUCCACGCAUCCAGAACAAGAGGGGUAUCAGUUACGCGGGGGCCUGGACAAAGUACGGUUUCCAUGAGGAUGCCUUCAGCAGUGGACUACAUGCCGCACAGGACCACCUCUAUGCCAAACUCCCAUUCCAAUUUGUCGACUCUACGUAUAGCCGAGGGAGGAAACCGUCUUUGGGGCUUGCCGACUUGCUGCAUGACAUCGUCGAACGAUUCGGCGUAACAUUCCCGGCAACAACCUCACGGUCUCAACCCUCAACUUUCGCCCCCGCGUUCGCGACCAUGAACGCCCUCCAGCGCCUCCCGUGGCGUAUAUCCUCGCAGUCGACACAGAAAUGGAGCUGCUUCUUCUGCCAGCACGCUGUCCGUCCAGCGCCGCGCAACCUGCGGAUGCCCCCGGCCGGCCGCCGAGCGGCAUCGACGACGCCUUCGCCGAAGCAGCAGCAAAACGGGUCCAGCUUCGGCGGUGCGCCUUCAAUGGAGCAGAUCCAUGCGCACUAUAAACGCAAGAAUGCUACAACAGCGUACUACACACUCAGCGUCAUUCUCGGGACAGUCGCCCUGUCAUACGGCUCCGUGCCUCUCUACAAGAUGAUCUGCCAAACAACAGGCUGGGGCGGCCAACCCGUCCGCGCCCACGGCCCGGACGUGGACUACAGCGAAGACGGCCUCGCCGCGCGCCUCGUCCCCGUGACGACGGCCCCGCGCAUCCGCGUCACCUUCAACUCGUCCGUCUCGGACAUCCUCCCCUGGAAGUUCACCCCGCAGCAGCGCGAGGUGCGCGUGCUCCCCGGCGAGACGGCGCUGGCCUUUUACACGGCGACGAACAACUCGGACCAGGACAUUAUCGGUGUCGCAACCUACAGCGUCACACCCGGUCAGGUGGCGCCGUACUUCAGCAAGAUUCAGUGCUUCUGCUUCGAGGAGCAGAGGUUGAAUGCGGGCGAGACAGUGGAUAUGCCGGUUUUCUUUUAUUUGGAUCCGGAUAUUGUGAAUGAUGUCAAUAUGCGUGGUAUUGAGACUGUGACGUUGAAUUAUACGUUCUUCAAGGCCAAGUACGACGACAACGGCAAGUUCAAGGCGCCUACGCCGUUUGCGAGCAACUAA